CUCUGCCCAGUAUCCAAGCGAGUCACGUCAACUAAAAACAGGCCUUAUGAAAACUUUGAAGUUCGAAUACCUGUCACUGGUACCUACCACAACCUCUGGUACCUACUCAGAAUAACUGACGUUUCCUAUUUUCCUAAAGGUUCUCAAGUAUGGCUGAAGCUUCGAAAAAAGAAUCAGAAAACAUAAAAGUUUUCAUUCGCCUCAAACCGCUUGUAUCUCCGGAACAACCCAGCAACAUAAGCUCUUUUGGCGACAUAUUUUUAGAGGUCUGUAGAGGUAACGUUGCGAAGGUCUUUCAGUACAACAAAAUAUUGGAUGGAAAUGCUACGCAAAUGGACGUAUACGAAAAUGUGGCUUCAAGUUUAGUAGAUAAAGUGCUUAAAGGUUACAAUGGUACGAUUUUUGCCUAUGGACAGUCAGGCACCGGUAAAACCUUUACCAUAUUUGGAGAUAACCAAUCAAAAGGCAUUAUCCCAAAUGUAUUUUUACAUAUUUUCAAACAAAUUUCCUUGGCUAAAGAAACCAGCUCUUAUUUAGUCACAGUAACUUUCAUGGAAAUUUACAACGAACAGAUCAGAGACCUCUUGAAUAACAAUAAGAAGAAAUUGGAAAUACGAGAACGUGCUGACUUGGGCGUUUACGUCAAACAUUUAACUGGCAUAAAUGUGGAAUCCAUAGAGCAAGUUUACGAUAUUAUCUCUAACGGCACCAAAAAUAGAGCUCUUGGUGCUACAAAUUUAAACCAACAUAGCUCUAGAUCCCACGCUAUAUUUACCAUUUACCUAGAAGCUAAACACCAGGAUGGUUCUACGAAUAUUGGUAAAUUGAAUUUGGUCGAUUUAGCUGGAUCUGAAAGGGUUUCCAAAAGUUUAGCUACCGGAGAUUGUCUCAAGGAAGCAGUAAACAUUAAUUUAUCUCUAAGUACUUUAGGGAAAGUCAUUUUGGCUCUUAUAGAAAAGAACGCGCAUAUUCCUUAUAGAAAUUCAAAACUUACGAGGCUAUUGCAAGACUCUUUGGGAGGUACUUCUUUGACUUCCAUGAUAGCUACAAUUAGUCUUAGUCAGGCUAAUAUCGAAGAAACUGUUUCAACGUUAAAGUAUGCUGAUGUAGCCCAACAUGUUAAAAAUAGCGUCAAGAAGAAUGAAAGCAAUAAAAGCGUUUUAAAAGAUUUUGAAGACAAAAUUAAAAUGUUGCAAGAAGAAUUGGAAAAACUCAAUAGUAAUCCUGUCAAAAAGAAAACCAGUAAGGUAGAUAUACAGUUGGAAGAAAUUGAAAAUAAUAAAAAAAUGCUUCAAAAUCAAUUAUUGUCUUUGCAAAGUAAAAUUUUAAUUGGCGGUGAAAAUUUGCUGGAAAAAGCUCAACUACAAAAUGAGCUGUUACACUACAGAGCUAGCAAAAUAAAUGUUUUAGACACUUCACAGAAACAGCUUGAAGAAACUUUGGAAGCUAAAAUUCAAGAAAAAUCUAAAUUUGAGAGACAAAGCAUGUCCUUACUAGAGCAGGACGCCCUUUUAGACAUCCAAAUCGAGGAAGCUGAAAGGAAAAUUUGCGAAGCGAACGAAAAACUUUUCAAAAAUGAAACUAAAUACCAAAAAGAAAUUAGUGAAUUGUUGCUUAAAAAUAAAAGGUUGGCCAAAGAACAAGGGGAAGCAGAUUUCAUUAUAAAUAAAACAAUCCCUAAAGCUUAUUUGGAAACAAUUAAAAGCAAAAUUGUUUGGGAUGAAGAAUUCAACAAACAUGCGUUAAAAGAUGUUGCCUAUUGUGGCAAUAAUAUGAGGAGGAUUGAUAUGGAUUUUGCCAGAAAGGAAGUAAAAGUUCCUUUGAAAAACCCUUACAAGGCCUACCCAAAGAGAAACGAUUAAAU